AGGAAGGGCCUAAUUUCUCCUCAGGCUCGGGCUGCGCGCGUGGCGCAGAGCUGCGCGUCGGCCAGCCCUUUCGCGCAAGUAAAGCGGGCGAAGCAGGCAGGCAGGCCCACUGAGGUGUCCCGCCCUCGGCCUCUCGUGGGCGAGUCCCGCAGAUACACGGCGGCUUCCCUCAGCCCCGCUCCGCUCGCUCCCCCCCCCCCCCCACGUCGUGGUGGUUCCUGCCCAACUCCUUGCCCCCUCAGCCCCAAGAAACCGCCAUCCCGGCCCGCUGCGGAGAGGCUGCCGAGCGCUCCCAAGCCCCGCCUUCCACGCCCGCUGAAUGGCCGGCGCGGCUGCCGCUCAGCUCAGGCCCCUUGCCGCCUGCCGGCCCCCCACGGACCGCGGGGAUGGUGCUGGUGGGACAGGCGCGGAGGGAGCCUUGGGAAGCGAGGCGGCGGCGGCGGCGCUGCUUGUGAGGGGCGGCUGAGAGACUUCGUUGAGGAGGCGGAGGCCGCCCGUCCUCCUCAGCAUAAAUAUGGCAGAGCUGCUAGAGUUUGAGGGAACUAUAAACUGGAAAGAAAGAUGCAUAGCUCUAGAAUCCCAGCUGAUGAAAUUUCGCCUCCAAGCAAGCAAAAUUAGAGAGUUGUUAGCAGACAAGAUGCAGCAACUUGAAAAGCAAGUAAUUGAUGCAGAUCGACAAGCAGAAAAAGCUUUUCAGCAGGUGCAAAUUAUGGAGGAGAAACUAAAAGCUGCUAAUGUCCAAACCAGUGAGUCAGAGACAAGACUAUAUAAGAGAUGUCAAGAUCUGGAGACACUGGUGCAGGAGAAAGAUGACAUUAUACAUAAUUUGGAAGAACAGCUUGCAGAACAGAAGCAAAUAAGAAUACAAGAGGCAAAAAUUAUAGAAGAAAAAGCUGCCAAGAUAAAAGAAUGGGUGACUGUCAAGCUCCAUGAGCUAGAAGUGGAAAAUCAGAACCUUCGCAUGUUAAAUCAAAACCAAACUGAAGAGAUGAGGAUAUUGCAGACUAAAUUGCAAGAACUUCAGGGGAAGAAAUCUGUUCCUUCAGCACAAAAGCCUGGAGAAGGCCAACGACUGAGCAGUUUGACUUUUGGAUGCUUCUUGAACCGAGCAAGAAGUCCUCAGCCAGUUCCGAAGCCUGAUGAUACAAUCAGCUCCUCAUCAAAGCAAGCUGAACUAAAUGAAGGCAAUAGCAGUCUAGAGAAAGAAGUCCAGGAAACAUCUCUUCUUGGCCAAAUGUAUGGGAGUAAUAGAGUUCUGAAACCUCUACAACAUAGCUCUUGUAUGCCAGAACAAAGGCAAGCAGUAAAGUCAAAAGACCUAGAUAGUAAUGUAUCAAAGAACUCCUGCAUUACAGUAAGUGACUGGAGCUCUGAUGAGGAAGAAGGAGGCAAAGGAAGAUCAAAAUCUAGGUGCGUAUCCACUGUUUCAAGUCACACAUCUGAAGAAGGCACAGGCUAUAGCAGAAUUGGAAGUGAAAUGUAUUUGACAGCAUCAGAUGACAGCAGUUCUUUUUUGGAAGAAGAGAGCUUCCAAGCUCAGGGAAACAUAUGCAAAAAACUAUAUUCUUGGCAACAAGGGUCUCCAUGGAAAAACCAGAACCAUCUAGUUGGAAAGAGCAACUUGGAAUCCUUCAGCGAAAAGAAGGAUCAUGAUAGCUUUUCAGAUGAACUGAAUAAGAGGUUUCAGUCCCACAGGCUAGAUUAUUCAUCCUCUUCCAGUGAGGCAAAUACUCCAAGUCCAAUUCUAACGCCAGCUCUAGCUCCUAAGCAUCCAGCACUGAUGCUGGCAGCAGGCGCUGUGUCUGGCAGACAACUUGAUUCUCCAUCUAAUCUGCCGCCUCCAAAACUGAGGACUCCUAGCAUCUUUACUUUAAGUGCAGCAUUGGCAAAAAAACAUUUCAGCCAACCUCCUCUAUGUUCGGACAAAAUGUUUGGCAGAAACAGAAAUGCUAUAAGCAUGAUACGUCCUUUUAAGCCUCAGGAAACAGACAUAGAUCAAGUGGAUGGGGAAAGUACAGAAGUUCUGGAGAAGAUGGAGAUUAGUUGUAAUGAGGAAUUGUUUACCUAUGACUCCUGUGAGACUCAGUGUGCAGAAACCUUGGACUCUAAUGAUGCAAGGAAAACUACAAGCAGCAAGCCACCUACUCCUCCUCUGCAUCGAUUCCCCUCUUGGGAAAGCAGAAUUUAUGCUGUAGCCAAGUCAGGCUUACGCUUUUCAGAGGCCUUCAACAUGGACUCUUUCAAUAAAAGUUCCACCUCUUCAGCUUCAUAUUCCUCAUCAGGACUUUACACAUCGCUAAUAUACAAGAAUGUGACUACACCAGUCUAUACCACUCUUAAAGGGAAAGCAACACAAAUCAGCAACAACCCUUUCUUAGAUGACUCUUCUGGGUCUGAAGAAGAAGACAGUUCCCGAUCCAGUUCUCGGACAUCUGAAUCAGACUCUCGAAGCAGAAGUGGCCCAGGGAGUCCACGGGCUAUGAAACGAGGGGUCUCUCUGUCUUCAAUGACCUCAGAAGGUGACUAUGCUAUUCCUCCUGAUGCCUACUCAACAGAUACAGAUUAUUCAGAACCUGAACAGAAAUUGCCUAAAACCUGCUCAUCAUCUAGUGAUAAUGGGAAAAAUGAGCCAUUGGAAAAAUCAGGAUAUUUGUUAAAAAUGGGUGGUAAAGUAAAGACUUGGAAACGACGGUGGUUUGUACUCAAAGGAGGUGAAUUGCUGUACUACAAAUCUCCGAGUGAUGUAAUACGUAAACCCCAAGGUCAGAUUGAACUAAAUGCAUCCAGCCGUAUUGUAAGAGGUGAUGGAAAACAAACAGUUCAGCUGACUACUGAAAAACGAACCUAUUACUUGACUGCAGAUUCCCCAAACAUAUUAGAAGAAUGGAUCAAAGUACUGCAGAAUGUUCUUAAAGUACAGGCUGCAAGUCCACUUUUCAUUCAACCAGAUGUCAAACCUGCCAUGAAAGGCUUGCUUACCAAGGUGAAACAUGGAUAUUCCAAGAGAGUGUGGUGUAUGCUGGUUGGGAAAACUUUGUAUUAUUUCCGCAGCCAAGAAGACAAGUUUCCUUUAGGCCAGAUAAAACUUUGGGAGGCUAAAGUUGAAGAAGUUGACCGGUCCUGUGAUUCAGAUGAAGAUUAUGAGGCCAGUGGCCGUAGCCUAUUAUCAACACACUAUACAAUCGUCAUCCACCCUAAAGAACAAGGUCCCACUUACCUUCUUAUAGGAUCCAAGCAUGAGAAGGACACUUGGCUCUAUCACUUGACAGUUGCUGCUGGAAGCACAAAUAUAAACGUUGGGACAGAGUUUGAACAGCUUGUCUGCAAGUUGUUAAAUAUCGAAGGUGAACCCACUUCCCAGAUCUGGAGGCACCCUGCACUUUGUCACAGCAAAGAUGGGAUUACUUCUCCUCUUACAACCCUCCCAUCUGAAGCAUUGCAAACAGAAGCUUUAAAAUUAUUUAAGACUUGCCAGUUGUUUAUAAAUGCUGCAGUGGACUCUCCUGCCAUUGACUACCAUGUAUCUUUGGCCCAAAGUGCUUUACAAGUCUGUCUCACACAUCCAGAGCUUCAAAAUGAAAUCUGUUGCCAGUUGGUUAAGCAGACAAGAAGGCGGCAGCCCCCAAAUCAGAUGGGACCAGUGCAGGCCUGGCAGCUUUUAGCACUCUGCAUUGGACUCUUCCUUCCACAGCACCCAUUCCUUUGGCUCAUCAAACUUCACUUGAAGAAGAAUGCAGAUUCCAGAACUGAAUUUGGAAAAUACGCAAUUUACUGUCAACGAUGUGUAGAAAGGACACAACAGAAUGGUGACAGGGAAGCCAGACCAUCAAGAAUGGAAAUUCUUUCUACACUUCUAAGAAAUCCCUACCAUCAUUCCUUACCUUUUAGUAUUCCAGUGCAUUUCAUGAAUGGCAUAUACCAGGUUGUUGGCUUUGAUGCUUCUACCACAGUGGAAGAAUUUCUAAACACACUCAAUCAAGACACAGGAAUGAGAAAACCAGCCCAGUCGGGUUUUGCUUUGUUUACUGAUGAUCCUUCUGGCAAAGAUGUAGAACACUGUCUUCAAGGAAACAUCAAGAUCUGUGACAUUAUUUCUCGAUGGGAGCAGGCAUCUAAAGAGCAGCAGCCUGGGAAAUGUGAAGGCACAAGAACAGUGAGACUGACUUACAAAAACAGGCUGUAUUUUUCAGUUCAAAUACGUGGGGAGACAGAAAGGGAAAAGCUGCUGUUGAUGUAUCAGACAAACGAUCAAAUUGUAAACGGGCUUUUCCCUGUAAACAAAGAUCUGGCACUAGAACUGGCAGCACUUAUGGCACAGGUGGAGAUUGGGGACUUUGAACGACCUUUCUCAACUCCAACGGGGCAAAUCACUUCCCAGUCAAAAUCUAAUCAAACUUUAAAGCAAGUUGUGGAAAAGUUUUACCCCAAAAGAUAUAGGGAUGGAUGUUUAGAAGAACAAUUGAGACAGCUUUGUCAGCGACUCUCAACAAAAUGGAUGGCUCUCCGUGGUCACAGUGCUGCAGAUUGUGUGCGCAUUUACCUUGCUGUUGCUCGAAAGUGGCCUUUCUUUGGUGCCAAAUUAUUUGCAGCAAAACCUCUGAUAAUAUCAACAUUGGAGAGUUCUUUGGUAUGGCUUGCUGUUUAUGAAGAUGGCAUAAAUAUUCUUGAAUACAGCUCUAUGAGGUUAAUAGUCACAUAUUUAUAUAAGAACCUAAUGACAUUUGGAGGCUAUCAAGAUGACUUCAUGCUGGUGGUCAACAAUGUGCACACACAAGAAAAGCAAACUGAAAAGUUGUUGUUUGCUAUGGCCAAACCAAAGAUUCUUGAGAUUACGCUACUGAUUGCUAGUUAUAUUAACGAUUUCCAUCAGCAAAAGGGAGCUGCUCACCAUCUUUCUGCUCCAGCGACACUGUCUCCACAGGCAGAAAGACAGAAAACUAAAGACAUAGGGUGUCAUCCAUUUAUGUUGAAGAACAGACCAACCAAAGGACCUACCUUGUUAUGAAAAGAUCAUGUGCCUGUGGAAAUGCAUACUGGCUGAAUGUUUAUGUAUUUUGGGUACUACCUUGGAAAAGGAAAGUCUGAUUGAAGUUGGAUGAAAUACUAGUGAUGCUUACCAUGAGCCAAUUCUGCUCCCGUGUGUGACCUACUUUUUCUAAAUUACUCCAGAGGCACCCAAAGUAUUAGGAAAACCACACAUAUGGACACAUGCAUGUUCUUUAUAUUCGUCUGCCUGGAUAGGCAGAAGAAACACUGUGAACCUGGUUAAUAAUUAGUAGUUAGAAGUGCAAUGCUUUGAAUACCAAUAGUUUCAUACACACCCUGCCCUUUCUCCUUUCUUCUUUGUGGUCCUUUUCGGUUUUCUUAACUUGUUCCUGGAAGGAAAACAUCUAAAGCAAACUUCUGAUUAAGCUGUGUGUCAAUUUUGGAAGGAUAACGUAUCAGAUGACAACAGCUACUGUUUGGGGCUAAUAUUGUUCCAAUCAAAGCAUUCCGAAAAGACAUUCCAUAGGCAUUAGAUUUGUGAAAGGUAUUUCUUUUUUUUAAUGACAUUUGCUCUUAAAACUGCAAUUGCAGGAGUUCUGCUAACAAAUACCAGUUUCAAGGAGGAGAGUGGUAGCAUGUUGAAUCUGAAUGAUGUGCUUUGGGGCCAGAAUGUACCAAGAGAACAAAGGAUAAUUCAGACUGUCUAGUGUGAGGGCAAUUCUUUGACAUUAUUUUUUUUAAAAAAUUAACUUUCAUCUCUAUUAUAUGUAAGGAACAGUAGAUUUCACACUGCAGCUGAAAGUCAUUGAAUGAUAAGUAAUCAAAUGCUGAGGUAUGUAGUAAUGUGCUUUUACAUGUGAAUUGGGUCUAAGUGACACUGCUCAACUUGAAAAUUUGCUUAGUGUUUAAAAAGCCUGAUAUCUAGUCUCUAUUUUCAGUUAGAUCUCCCUUCUUUACCUUUUCCAUCAGCUCUCCUUAUCUUGUACAGUCGUACCUUGGAAGUCAAACGGAAUCCAUUCUGGAAGUCCGUUUGACUUCCUAAACGUUCAGUAACCAGAGUGCGGCUUCUGAUUCGCUACAGGAGCUUCAUUCAGAAGCCAAGGAAGCCUCACCAGUCAUUCGGGUGCCAAAGAACAUUCACAAACCGGAAUACUCACUUCUGGGUUUGCAGCAUUUGGGAGCCAAAACGUCCGAGUAACAAGGCGUUCGGGAUCCAAGGUACAAGUGUACUGUAAAUCUAGUAUCUUAAAUUGGAAGUUUAAAUUGGAAUCAAAGCAACCUUUGAUUUAUUUAUGUACAAUACUUGUAGUCACUGUAGAAUAUGAGUUGUGUUUGAGCUGAUGCAGAGUAUUAGCAUUAUUGUACACAUGCAGGUUAUCAUUUGAUGCUGCACUCAAGUGAUGGGUAUAUGUGCGUGAACUCAACCUUUUAUUUAGCUGUGUAUGAGCAAUACUGUUGUUUAAACAAAAGACACAGCUGUCUGGUCAGUUAGUGGUACUUGGCAAAGAAAAGAAAAGAGUAAUUGGUGCUUAGUUUAAAUCACUGAUGUAUAUGGUCAGAGUAAUCUACAGAUCUAUCAUUCAGGCAGUAUUUAUAAUUUCCUUUGAUAACUAGAAUUAGUGACAUAUGUGAAUAUGAACUUUUUAUUAAAUGUUUAUGUGAAGUCUCUGCCUUUAAAUGAGCUGAAGGACAUCUUUUUAAAGGGUCGUGGAUGAGGUAUUUUCUUCUUAAAAGAAUGUUUUACACAUCCUUUACAAUAUGGACAGGAUCAGGCAAUGUAAUAGGUACUAACAACAACAACAACAACAACAACAACAACAACAACAACAACAACAACAACAACAAAGCUUCAGCCAACUAAAAAAGGGCCAGGCCUAACUAAUGUACCUCUGUGGGUAGUCUACAACUCCCCUGUAAUUGCAGAUCCAGCCUGCCAUCUAAUACACACAACUUGGGAAUAGUUAUGCAUAAGUUUGUACCAUUAACCUCCCUGUUCACUUUCUCACUUGUUCGUUAUAAGCAAUUUAAGCUAGGGGGCGGGCAGAGAUGGCGCUCAUAUUUCUUAGCCCCACCCCCAUUAAAAAAAUAUCCAGUUACUAUACUUGUACAAAACAAUAAAUAAUUUUACAGCUAACCGUUCUAUAUUUUUAUGGGAGGGUUGAGGUUAAAAUAGGUAUGCCUCCGCAUCUGCAGGCUCUUCGACCUCUGAAAUAAACUGAAAGUUUUAUUUAGUAACUGCAAACUACGAGGUGCUAGUGAAGUUGCUAAAAGUGGUAGAAAGGUCAGAGCCUUUUCAGAUGUAGCCUGCCACCACUGGCAGACCCGUGUGUCAUUUUUUAAAAUCUGGAAAAUGAAAACGACACGUCAGAAACCAUGUUAAUAUUUAAUUUUAAAAUAGCUAUGUAUAUUCAUGGUUUUUAUCAUACAUAUAAAAUUCUACAUUGGUCAUCAUGUUUGUUGCUUCUCUCAUUGUAUGUUAGUAGCAACCCCCUUAUGGUUCAGUUUUAAAUUUUUGGAGGAAAUUGUUGUAUCAUACAUGACCUCAAUCACUCUGAUCCAGCGAAGGAGAUCUGCACACAUAAGCUGGCUUCUGUGUGCUUACCAUGUGCUGGAUAUCAGUAGCGUCAACUGGAUGCACAUUGGCGUGAUCAAUCUGCUUGUGCCCGUCUACUGCAUUGAUUUCAGUAGGAUACACAUGCAUCUCUGUCUACAUUCUUGUACAGCUAGUCUCACAUACAUUUUUUUCUCAUGUAGCUAGAGCUAGAUCGAGAGAUCUUUAUCAGUGAUGGGUACAGGAGAACCAUUUAUGUAGAGAAGUUUAAAUUGUAUGGGUUCCAAUUUAUGUGAUGCACAAAUAAUGAAUUGCUGAAAAAUAACUGCGGUUUGUUGAAUUACGUGUAGUAAAGAAAUAUUGGAACAGAACAGGUACUGAAAGCGAAAAAAUAAUUAUAAAACAUUAAUUUAUGUGUAAGAGUAUUUGUAUUUAUUUUGUGGAUAUUUAGCUUUUAUUGCGUAAGGUAUUUUUUAUAUGAAUGUAAACCACCUAACAAAUAAAGGCAUUGUCAUGGAAA